AGUCCACACAGAGCAGACGGAUCUCCAUAAACCACAAAGAGUUUUACCUCAAAACACAACAAACGGACAAGAGGAAGGAGCUGAAUAUAGAGACACGAGCUACGUUAAGCUAAAGCUAGUGGUGACACCAUGAAGGAGUUUUCUCUGUCCCUGCUGAGUCGGGGAUGUGGUCGAUUGGUGGCGUCCGACAGCAACACUGGACAACAAAAUGGACGACUGGACAUCUGCUUGACGCCACAGGAUUUCAGCAUGUGGAAGUCCAGGGAGUCUCUGGUGUUAGAAGCAGUGUCAAUGCUUCCAAAGACGUACAGCACUCGUAGAGGACCACUGCUGCUCUACUCUCAGGACUUGGUUUCGUUGGACAGCAGUCAUCAAUCGAAGGCCAGACUCAGGAAGCAUCGAGUGUUUCAUCGCUACGCUACGCAGGUGGAGCAGCAGCUGAGGACCAUGAAGGAGUUGACAGCGGCCAUUUUGAGUUUCAGCAGCAAUCAGUUGAUCUCCUCCAGGUUUCCACCUCUCCUCCCUCCUCUUCCCUUCCCUCCUCCUCAUCCCCCCCUUCGCUCCUCACAGCUGUUUCCUCGUCCAGAUGUUCGGAGGCUUCCUGCAAAGGGAAACACUCGAGUCCAAGGCACAGACUCCGGUGGAGCCAACAACAAAGAUAAAGAGGAGGAUCCUAAAGGAGCUAGGAGAGUCCCACUGGAUCUGUUCUUCCAGAUACCCAGGACCUCCAGGAGUCCAACCCCACAGAUGGAGCCUCGGUCCUGGGUACGCCGGGGAGCAGUGACCCCUGAAGAUCCAGCGAGACCAGAGAUCAACGAUCUUCAUCAACUCCUCAGAGACCAAAUAGUAGAUCCAUGGAAUAAGAAGAGCUAUGAAGGGACGAGAAGGCGGAAAACCAGCUCAGGCUGGGUCCUCCCUCCUCUGAAGGAGAGGAAUCAUGAGAACAGGGUAGGACCUAAACAGGAUUCUCCUCAAAUAAUAAGACGUAACAUGGAGCACUCCUCCUCCUCCUCCUCCUCCUCUAAAUGUCCGGUUAUUUCUGACAUGUCUCUGUUCCAGUCAAGGCCGGUGGCAUCUGAACAUCAGAUUCUGCCUCCGAUAGCUGAGACCAGGACCAGGACCAGGACCAGGACCAGGACCAGGACACCAGUCCAGACCAAGCAGGACCUCCAGCUCCAGGCCCAAACAGAUAGACCUCAGCUUCAGUCCCACGAAAACCAGGAGAACAGACCCCCCCAUCAGGCUCUGCUGAUUCCUGGGAAUCACGAUGAGAUAAGACAACAAAGAGCAGGAGGACGAGGAGGAGGACGAGGAGGACGAGGAGGAGGAGGACGGGUCUGGUCCCCCUCUGAUAAGGUCUCAGUGGUCCAGCUGCAGCCAGGAGGAGAACCUGGACCUCCUGGCCCAGGACCGAGAGCUCCAAGGAAACAGGGCUCUCUUGCCUCCUUCAAGAACCGGUUUCAGGACCUCCUGCACCUCCUGCACCGCUCCUGGACUCCUCCUGGUGGAGUGAUCAGAGGAGUCCUCCCUCUGCAGCUCAGAGACUUCCAGAACCGUAGACCUGUGGGGAGCCUCCUUCUGGGUCCUGAUGGACAAAUCAUUCAUCUGUCUCUGUUCGACGUGGACCGGGACGUGGACCGGGACCGGGACCAGGAUGUUGACCAGGAUGUGGACAUGGAAGUGGACGUGGAUGUGGACGUGGACGUGGACGUGGACCAGGACCAGGACCAGGAUGUUGACCAGGAUGUGGACGGGGACGUGGACCCGGACGUGGACCGGGGUGUGGACCAAGACCACUUGGAGGCUGAUGGAGACUCAGAGAAACUAGCUCUGCAGGUUCUGUUUGAGGAAGGAGACCAGGUCCCCUGGGUCUUUGUCCUGCAGCCACAAAACACAGAUGGAGGAGUGGAGCCAGACGUUCAGGAGUUUCUGCUGUCAGGAGUUCACUGGUCAGAUGAGACCCAGAGGAGGGAGGAGAAACCACCUACAGACACUGAGAGGAGGAUCUGGAUGGAGCAACCAGAAGGAGCAGAGGAGGAGGAGCCGGAGGAGGAGCAGGAGGAGGAGCCGGAGGAGGAGCCAGCUAGUACUGAGUCACUUAGACCCAGGUUGGUUUUCUGA